AUGGGUUCGCCGAUUUCGGGACUCAUAGCCGAGGCGGUCCUACAACGGCUGGAGUCGCUGGUUUUCCGACACCACAGACCGAAAUUUUGGGCUAGGUAUGUGGAUGACACCUUCGUCGUCAUCGAACGGGAUCAGGUGCUGACGUUCAAAGAACAACUCAACGCCGUCUUCCCGGACAUUCAAUUCACGAUGGAGGAGGAGAAAAACAAUCAGCUGGCCUUCCUGGAUGUCCACCUCUGCUGCAAAGAUUGUGGUGGCCUAAAAACCAAAGUCUUCAGGAAAGCGACAAAUACGACGCAAAUACUGAACUUCAAUAGCAACCACACGAUCAGUCACAAACGCAGUUGCGUAAGGGCAAUAUACCGGCGCGUUGAGACGCACUGCAGCGAAAUGGAAGACAAGGUUGCCGAACUACAAUAUCUUCGACGGGUAAUGAGAGCCAAUGGUUACCCGCGCAGCUUUGUCAAUCAGUGCAUACGAAAAGGACACCAGAGACCAAAUCCAACCGGACCCAAAUUUUGGCGGGCUCUUCCGUACGUGAAGAACGUCUCGGAAACCGUCAGUCGUCUUCUCACUCCACUUGGAGUUGGGGUUGCACACAGGCCGGAAGCAACCAUUAGGCGCCAAGUCAUGAGGCCAAAAGACCCGCUACCACGGCAGGACACGUCUGGAGUCAUUUACCGGAUCUGGUGUAGUUGCGGACAAAGCAAUUAUGUCGGAGAAACUGGGAGAUUACUCCGUACGCGAAUUGCCGAGCACGCAGCAGCACAGAGGCGGGGAGACGCUAACUCUCAAGUGGCGGCACGCUCGACGAGACCCCGCCAUAUUUUCAAAUUUCAAGAGGCCGAAAUCCUCGCAAGGGGUGACAACCGCGUGAGCCGCGAGCUGCUCGAGUCAUGGUUCUCUGGCCCGCAAUCCAUCAACAAGCCCAAUGACCUCCCGGUACCCUAUAGCGUACUGCGAUUUUCCCUGGGCAGGAGAAUCAGUCACGUGGGGAGGGCGCGGGCGAGCAAUCAUCACGGUGACAGUGAGCCAGUUUGCCGAGCAAUCGUCACACCAGCAUCCAGCACGGAUGACGAAAUCGCGGCAAUUAACGACUCGGACUCGGACCGACAAGCCACCACCGCAUCAAUUACGACCCCAGCGGUGAUUACGCGAACUGUUAAUUGCAGUGCGCAUGCGGUCCCACGGCAGCCACGUGCUAUAAAUACUGCCCUCCUGGUGCCACAAUCACCUUUAUCUGCGAAUGUCUCUGAUGAUGGAUUCGAGUAA